CCCGCGGCGGGGGCGGGCGGCGCCGGCCCAGAGAGGGCGCCAGACCCCGGCCGUGGCUGAGGCGGGCGGGCGAGCAGGACGGCGGGGACUUGCGUCCAGCGCACGGAGCCCUGAGCCUGGCCGGGGGCCGUACGAAGUCCGCGCUAUGGAAGAGGAGAAGUACUUGCCUGAGCUGAUGGCAGAGAGAGUCAGCCUGGACCCGUCCUUCGUUCACGCCUCGCGCCUGCUGGCCGAAGAAAUUGAAAAAUUUCAAGCUUCUGAUGGAAAGAAUGAAGAUGAAGAAGAGAAAUAUCUUGAUGUCAUCAGUAACAAAAAUAUAAAGCUCUCGGAAAGGGUAUUGAUUCCUGUCAAACAGUAUCCAAAGUUCAAUUUUGUGGGCAAAUUGCUCGGACCGAGAGGAAACUCUUUGAAGAGGCUACAGGAAGAAACAGGUGCUAAAAUGUCUAUCCUGGGCAAAGGAUCAAUGAGAGAUAAAGCAAAGGAAGAAGAAUUAAGAAAAAGUGGGGAAGCCAAGUAUGCCCACUUGAGUGACGAACUUCAUGUAUUAAUUGAAGUGUUUGCUCCACCGGGGGAGGCUUAUUCACGUAUGAGUCACGCAUUGGAAGAGAUUAAAAAAUUUCUGGUUCCCGACUAUAAUGAUGAAAUCCGUCAGGAACAACUACGUGAAUUAUCUUACUUAAAUGGCUCAGAGGACUCUGGUCGUGGCAGAGGUGUUAGAGGCAGAGGGAUAAGAAUAGCUCCCACAGCUCCAUCAAGGGGACGUGGGGGAGCCAUUCCUCCUCCCCCACCACCUGGACGAGGCAUUCUCACCCCUCGAGGGACCACUGUGACCCGUGGUGCUCUUCCAGCACCCCCUGUAGCGAGAGGCGUUCCUACCCCACGAGCCCGGGGGUCACCCACCAUGCCAGGAUACAGGGCACCCCCUCUGCCAGCCCACAAGGGGUAUGAAGAGUAUGGUUAUGAUGAUGGCUAUGGGGGUGAAUAUGAUGAUGAGACCUAUGAGGCUUAUGACAAUAGCUAUGCCAUCCAAGCACAAAGUGUUCCUGAAUACUAUGACUAUGGUCAUGGAGUAAGUGAGGAUGCCUAUGACAGCUAUGCGCCAGAAGAAUGGGCCACGACUCACUCCAGCCUGAAAGCACCUCCAUCAAGGUCAGCCCGAGGAGGAUACAGGGAGCACCCCUAUGGUAGAUACUGAGGGUUCUCCUCGCCUGUGACCUCACCUCAGAGACAGUUCAUAGCCUGUGGUCUCCACAUAAACAACAACAUGACAAGUAAUAGUCCUUUUUUUUUGUUCCUAUUCUAGGGAUAACUGCCCAUGAUU